UUGGAGAAAUAUAAUAAAUAUAGUUUUGGUUGGUUAUAAGAUGAUGGUGUGACGUCCGACACGACAGUUGGCUACGGUUGGUAUUUCACACGUUUGACAUAUUCUGAUACAAAACAAGAGCAGCCAGCCACCACUCACGUCUCCUCCGCCACCCUUCCUUCCUUCCUUUUAAUAUCUGCCCGCAUCUUCUUAACAAACAAACAACCAACCUCUUCUAUUCAUUCCAAACUCUCUUUUGUUUCUUUCUUUCUUUAUUGCUUCACUUUCAUUGUUUCAUCAUCCUUUCUUUUAAAUGAAAUAUUACCUCUUUUUUUCUUUCUUUGUUUAUUGAUCAUAACUAACAACCCUAAUCUCUUCAUCUCCUACAAAUUGUGGUUCCUUUUUUUUCUUGUAGAUGGGACAAUUCACGACAAUUUUUCAUGGGAGAGCGGUUAAUUAUCGAGCUUGUUUUCACGGUCUAUGUACACUUAUAUUUAUUCUUCUUUGUUGUAACCAAAUCACCAAUUACAGGUCGGGUGUCGACCGUUACACAGCUUUGACAAGCAUGGUAAUUACAGAACCGUCUGAGUGUUCCGGGCUGAAUCAACACAAGGGUUAUGAAAACCAAUGUGAGUUUUUGAAAGCUAAUCCGCAAUGUAAAUCCGAUGCCUAUUUUUAUUAUUUGAAGUUUUUCUACUGUGACUGUCAAGAUUUUGCUGCUUUGGCUUAUAUUGUUCUUGCAAUAUGGGUGGCUGCCUUGUUUUAUCUGUUAGGGAAUACGUCUGCCGAUUAUUUCUGUUGUUGCCUUGAGAAAUUAGCAAAUGUGUUAAGGUUGUCACCAACUGUAGCAGGGGUGACCUUGCUACCAUUGGGGAAUGGUGCGCCUGAUGUCUUCGCUAGCAUCGUUGCUUUUGUGGGUAAUGCUGAUGUGGGACUAAAUAGUAUUUCCGGUGGGGCGGUUUUCAUCAUUUGUGUAGUGGUUGGGACCAUUUCACUAUGUGUGGCUGAUCAGGAAGUGUGUAUUGAUAAGAAAUGUUUUGUGAGAGACGUGUGCACGUUUCUGUUUGCUGUCGUGAUCCUUGCGGUCAUCUUGUUUGUGGGUGAGGUUAGUGUUGGUGGCGCAAUUGCGUUUGUGUCAAUCUAUGUUGUCUAUGCGACCUUCGUUGUUGCUAGUGAAAUUGUCAAGAAGAAAAAUGAAAAUUUUAAAAUACAAGGGUAUGCACCGUUGUUACCUCUUGCUGGAGAUAGAGAGCCGGAUGAUGUGGCAGUCGUUGAAUCUAAGGUCCCGCAUUGGAUGUGGGCGUCACAUGUGGCGAUAUAUUCAGAGGUCAAUAGUCAUGGUUUGGAAGAGAAGCCUCAAUGGGGAUGGAUCGAUGAAGAAACACAAAAUGAGAAUGAGAAUUCGGGUUCAUGGUUUUUGUGUUCCAAGUGGUUAAAGUGGCUAGAGUUCCCGUUAAUGCUACCACGACUGUUAACCAUCCCAAUCAUAGAAGAAGAAAGAUGGUCAAAAGGUUAUGCUGUAGCCAGUGUUACUCUUGCACCCUUGCUUCUAGCCUUCCUUUGGAACAGUCAACAUCCAUCAGGCGAAGAGCUGAUCUAUAUAGGAAGUGCAGUAAUCGGGUGUGUGCUAGGCGUUGUUGCAUUUACAUGCACUAGAGCAGACCAACCGCCACAAAAGUUUUUGCUUGGGUGGGUCCUGGGAGGGUUCUUUAUGAGCAUUAUUUGGUUCUACAUGGUUGCUAAUGAGCUAGUUGCUUUGUUGGUUUCACUUGGUCUUAUAUUUGGAGUGAACCCAGCAAUUCUUGGGUUAACUGUGUUAGCAUGGGGAAAUUCAAUGGGAGAUUUAAUGUCAAACGUUGCGCUUGCAAUAAAUGGAGCUGAGGGGGUGCAGAUAGCGAUAUCUGGAUGCUAUGCAGGGCCAAUGUUCAACACGCUUGUGGGUUUAGGGGUUUCAAUGUUAAUUGGGUCAUGGUCAAAGAGACCGAAUCCUUACAGUAUAUCUGGUGAUAGUGGGUUGGUGUGUAAUCUUGGGUUUAUUGUAAUGGGGCUUGUUUGGGCGCUGGUUGUGUUGCCUAGAAACCAAAUGCAGCCUAGCAAGUUGUUGGGGUUGGGACUUAUUGGUAUUUACUUGCUGUUUUUGGGUUUGAGAAUUGGGAUGGCUGUUGUUGCUAAACAGUAGCUAGGUGAU